UCGAUCACGUGACUUCCGCCCUCUCAAAAUAGAGUUGGCAGCCAUAUUGGAGGUGGAGUUUGUUUACGCAUCAUGAGUGAAAAAGGCGUUAACAAACCAUGUCAAAGGGGUACAUCAAGGGAAAAGUUAGUCGAUCGUUCCUUAACGUACCGAGAGAGUUUAGACAGCGUUUCAAAACAGAGAUAUGAUGACAAACUCGCUUUAAUUCAGAAAGAAGACCCGUAUCAGAUAGAGAAAACGAAAUGGUCGAAAGACGUGGAAAAAUGGGCUUCUGUGACAUACCCCGACAUUGUAAACUUUCUUCUGUACACAACAAGUGCUUAUACACUCGAUGAACUGAAAUCAUAUAAAGGGUUAGAAGCAUAUAACCAGUUCGUGAGCGGAUGGGUAAGGGAUGUUGCAGUGUGUGAAAUUAAUGGCCUGUGCGUGCACACUUCUCGGGUAAUGCACUCACAGCGCCUAAGUGAAGCCCCCCUUAACCCUUGGAUCAUCGUACAGCCGGAGGGGAAAAUUCUUGCAGCACACUGCAACUGCAUGGCAGGUUUAGGAGAGGCCUGCACCCACAUAGGCGCAAUGCUUUUCUCAAUUGAAGCAUCGGUGAAAGUUCGGGAUUCCAGGACAGUGACAGAAACUAAAUCUUACUGGCUACCUGCUUCGUUGAAAGGCGUCUCCUAUGCCAGAAUUGAAGACAUAGACUUUACAUCAGCUAAAGCUAAGAAAAAAGCCCUGGACUCACAGUUUUCAGAAACGCCAUAUGAAAAGAGAGGAGGAAUGCAAUAUAAAGCUAUAGAUGCUCCAUCAGAUGAUGAACUAAGGACAUUUCUCAACAAACUCAACCAAACUGGAGCACAGUCAGCAAUAUUAAGUGUCAAAAAUUCAUUCCAAGAAGCUUUUAUACCCAAAGCACUGGACCAAAAAUUCCCAAUUGUAUUAAAUGACUUGCUAAAUACAGAUCUCCUUCAGGCACCGUUCAGGGAAAUUAUGGAAGUCUGUGAAAAAGUGCAAGUGACUGUGACGAAAGAAGAAGCGGACAGUGUUGAGAAAGCUACCAAACAACAAGCUACCACAAAGCUAUGGAACAGAUUUCGAAGUGGUCGCAUAACAGCAUCCCGCAUGUAUGCAGCUUGCCACAGCAAUCCUGCAUCCCCAUCUGAAAGCUUAAUAAGGGCCAUAUGCAACCCAGAAAUUUCAAAGUUUCAGACAGCGGCAACUACAUGGGGCUGUGCACAUGAGAAACAAGCCCGUGAAGUCUACUGUGAUUCAAUGCAGGAUGUCCAUGACAACUUUACAGUAGAAGAUGCCGGAUUUUGCAUUAACCCAAGCUAUCCUUUGAUUGGAGCCUCCCCAGAUGGAUUUGUCUCUUGUGAUUGCUGUGGCCAGGGAGUAGCUGAAAUCAAAUGUCCAUAUUGUGUGCGGUCAACGUCCCUGAGUCUCUACACUGGAGGAAAAUAUUGCUUGGAGGAUACACCAGAUGGACGUCGACUUAAAAGAAACCAUCAAUACUACUAUCAGAUACAAACACAGAUUUUUGUAUGUGAAAAGGAGUAUGCAGACUUUGUUGUAUGGACAGAAAAAGAUAUUCACAUGGAAAGAGUUGAACCAGAUAGUGAACUGUGGGAGGAAAUGAAGACCAAGGCAAAUGACUUUCACUCAUUGGCAGUUAUGCCUGAACUUGUUGGGAGGUUUUUUUCAAGGAAGUUUACUCCAGCAUCCUUGGUUGAACUGCAGGAAUCGGACACACUUUUCUGUUUCUGUAGGAAAGGAGAAACUGACACAAUGGUGGCCUGUGACAACCGCAAUUGUCAAUUUCAGUGGUUCCAUCUAUCAUGUCUGAGGCUAACAGAAUCAAACCUACCUAAGGGGAAGUGGUACUGUCCCGAUUGCAGCCAAAUGCCAGAAUUUAAGCCAAAGAGACGAUGCAGUAAGAAGUGACUGGUGUAUUUUAUUUCAGAUUGUGAAGUGUUUUUGUUGACUUGAUUAU